ACAAUGGCUUCACCAUUGAAAAUAACUCUAUUCUUCUUCUCCAUCUUCACUAUCUUCUUCAUCUCCCCUAUCACCUCUAAGCUCCACCCAUUAGACUCGCUCUCUCCCUCCGAGUUCCUCCUAGUUCGAGCCAUUGUGACUCAGUCCUACCACCACUCACACAAACUCACCUUCCAGUAUGUAGGCUUAGAGGAACCUGAAAAACCACUUGUGAAAUCAUGGCUAUCAAAACCCUACUCCAAACCUCCACCUCGCCAAGCACUUGUUGUUAUCGGGGUCGACCAAAAAACUCGUGAACUCAUCGUAGAUUUAUCGAUACGCUCGAUCGUUUCCGAUAAACUCUACGGUGGGUUGGGGUACCCGUUACUCACCAUCGAAGAACAAGAAGGUGCUGUGGAUUUAACCCUUAAGUAUGAACCAUUUUUAGCAUCUAUUAAACGAAGAGGGCUUAAUAUAUCCGAAGUCACAUGCUCGACUCAAACGAUUGGUUGGUAUGGGAAAGUGAAAACAACACGUGAGUUGAAAAUCAUAUGUUUCUAUUUGAAUGGGACGAUUAAUAUGUAUGUGAGACCAAUAGAAGGGAUGACCAUUGUUGUCGAUAUCGAACAAAUGAAGAUAUCGGAAUUCGUCGACCGAGCGGUGCCUCCGAUGCCUAAAGCUACGGGAACCGAUUAUCGUGCAUCGAAGAUAACACCGCCUUUCGGUCCACGUUUUAAUGCUGCUCCGCCAACCCCACCGGGCCAAAAAAGUUUCGAAUUUGACGGAAAUGUUGUUAGCUGGGCGAACUGGAAGUUCCAUCUAGGGUUUGAUGCUCGAGUUGGUCCUGUAAUCUCUCAAGCUUCCUUCUACGAUGCCGAUAAGAAAAAGUAUCGUCAAAUCAUGUAUCGAUCGUUUAUCUCGGAGCUCUUCGUUCCGUAUCAGGAUCCGACUGAAGAAUGGUACCACAUAACAUUCUUCGAUUGCGGUGAAUUCGGGUUCGGAAUCUAUGCAGUUCCAUUGGAACCCUUCAACGAUUGUCCAUCCAAUGCAGUUGUGGAUGGUUACUAUGCAGGCCAAGAUGGUAAACCCGUGAAGGUACAGGACGUAAUGUGCAUAUUCGAAAGGCAUUCUGGUGAUGUAAUGUGGCGACAUACUGAGGCUGAGCUUCGAGAUCAAAAGAUUAGAGAAGCGAGACCAGAUAUUAGCCUUGUGGUGAGAAUGGUUGCAACUGUGGGCAACUAUGACUAUGUCCUUGAUUGGGAGUUCAAGCCAACUGGGUCCAUUAAAUUUGGGGUUGGUCUGACAGGAGUGUUGGAAGUGAAGGCAGUACCCUACACUAACACCGACGAAAUCAAAGAGGAAAUUUACGGUACAUUAGUAACAGACAACACCAUUGGGGUGAACCACGAUCAUUUCCUAACAUACCAUCUCGAUCUCGAUGUCGAUGGCGACGCAAAUUCCUUCGUGAAGACCCAUUUGAUCACCAAACGAGUCAAGGACAAGAACAUCCCAAGAAAAAGUUAUUGGAACUUCGAACACGAAAUAGUCAAAACCGAAUCCGAUGCACAGAUCCAACUCGGGUUGAAUUCACCGGAACUCUUAGUGGUUAACCCUAACAAGAAAACUAAACCUGGGAACACAGUUGGGUACCGUUUGGUCCCCGGCUCUGCAGUCGGACCACUCCUCGCCACCGAUGACUACCCACAAAUCCGAGGUGCUUUCACAAAUUAUAACGUGUGGGUAACUCCGUAUAACAAGUCGGAGAAAUGGGCGGGCGGACGAUACGUUGACCAGAGUCGAGGAGACGACACUUUAGCGGUGUGGACGGAGAAGAACAGGAACAUCGAGAACAAGGACAUUGUGGUUUGGUACACCAUGGGGUUCCACCAUGUGCCUUGCCAAGAGGAUUUUCCAAUGAUGCCCACAUUGAGUGGCGGGUUUGAGCUUAAACCUACCAAUUUCUUUGAGUACAGUCCGGUGCUGAAAACCGUACCUCCUCAACAUUUAAGUUGGGGCAAUUGCACCAAUUGACCCUGAGCAUUGUCCUUUAAUGAGAAUCAAAUACCCUAUAGUAAAGGGUACUCAUUGGAUGUAGAGGAACUACGCUAUUCUAAUGUAUUAUCCUUGAAAUAAAAUAUGCAUGUUUCGUAUUA